GUGCCGAUGCCAGUUGCAGUUCCUGGAUGAAUUAUUUACUUUUCUGGCCUCUGCAGACUGCAACGCAGACAGGGCUGCUGAUAGGACUCUGUGUGGGUCGUGUGACUGAGUAGGAGGGACAAGGAACCAUGUUAAGCAACAUCAAGAUCCAUCCUGAAGCACUUUAUCCAGGCAGGACUGAGUAUAAAGACCAAUAGCGGUGCACCUCCAUCAGCAGCCUCCAUGAGCAGUGUAGUCCAGAACCCUUACAUCGGACGCACCCCCACCACACGGAUGCCCAAGCCGGGGACCAGUGGCUCAGUUCCACCUGGCGGUCGAGAUGGCAGCACUGUAUGUCGCAGCAGCAGCGUCAGCAGUGGAAGUGGGGGCGCUGGAGGGAAGACUCUGUCCCUUUCCUCGGUCAGUGAGAGCAUGCGCAGCGGCCUCAGCAACUUCUUCUCGGAACAAGCUCAGGAGCAGGAAGAGAGGCAGCAACGCAGCAGCCAGCUCGCCGAGUUCCAGCGUCUCAGAGAGGUCCGGGCUGCAGCCCAGCACAAGAACCUGGAGGACUUCCUGAAGAUGAACCACGUCUCGCUGAGAGACACCGUGUCAUAUUCCACCGGGAUGAUUUACAGAAACCUGGGGAAAUCAGGCCUGAGAGUUUCCUGUCUUGGUUUAGGUACAUGGGUCACAUUCGGAGGACAGAUAACUGAUGAGGUGGCUGAGCAGCUGGUGACGCUUGCAUACGAGAGUGGAAUCAACCUUUUCGACACGGCUGAAGUGUACAGUGCCGGGAUGGCAGAAGUGGUCUUGGGAAGAAUCAUCAAGAAGAAAGCGUGGAGACGCUCUAGUUUAGUCAUCACCACCAAAGUCUUCUGGGGGGGAAAGGCUGAGAUGGAGAGAGGACUGUCCAGGAAACAUAUCAUAGAAGGUCUGAGAGCUUCACUGGAGAGGCUUCAGCUGGACUACGUGGACGUGGUUUUUGCAAACCGACCAGAUCCCAACACGCCUGUAGAAGAGACGGUCCGGGCAAUGACUCACGUGAUCAACCAGGGCAUGGCCAUGUACUGGGGGACGUCCCGCUGGAGCUCCAUGGAGAUCAUGGAGGCUUAUUCAGUCGCACGGCAGUUCAACCAGGUCCCACCCAUCUGCGAGCAGGCCGAGUACCACAUGUUUCAGAGAGAGAAGGUUGAAGUUCAGCUCCCCGAACUUUACCACAAGAUAGGUGUCGGAGCCAUGACCUGGUCUCCACUGGCCUGUGGCAUCAUCUCAGGGAAGUACGACAGCGGGAUCCCACCUAACUCACGAGCGUCUCUGAAGGGUUACGAGUGGCUGAAGGAGCAGAUCAUGAGCGAGGAGGGUCACCGGCAGCAGAUCAAGCUAAAAGAGCUGCAGGCCGUCGCUGACCGACUGGGCUGCACUCUUCCCCAACUGGCUGUCGCCUGGUGUUUGAAGAAUGAGGGCGUCAGCUCGGUUCUGCUCGGAGCCUCCAGAGUGGAGCAGCUGAUGGAAAACAUCCGCGCAGUUCAGAUUCUUCCUAAGCUAACUUCCUCCAUCAUCUCUGACAUGGACACCAUCAUGGGACACAAACUGUUCACCAAGAGGACCUGACCCACUUGACUGACCUUUGACCUUUGGCACUGCCCACAGCAAAGCAUUUGGUUUACAACAGCGCUGCCAGGGGUGACGUCUUGUUUCGAAUUUUAAAUGAGCUCACAAGUUUGCGCUCGAUCAUUAACCGGAUGAAUGAAAACCUGCCCAACGGUUUAAAAUAAGAAGUUAGGUACACAACACAGACACGUAUAAUCAUGUACUUGAUACUGGAACACAGGGGUGUAAUUAUUAAUGACUAUUUCAGUCACAAUCUACCUGGAUUGCUUGAACUUUUGCCACACUGAAUGGUUCAUUAGAGCCAUUCUCUACUGUGUUGCCAAAACCACACAAGUCACCUGUAAUAAGCUUCAAGUUUGCUGUAAAAGACAUACUUUUCUGACUUUGUAAAGUUUAUAUUUCACCAAUGUAUUUUGUCUUUGUCUACUUUUCUAGAGGAAUAAAGCUGAUCUCAA